CCUUCCAAUUUUGAACGGCUUUUUUCUUUCUUGUUACUCGUUUUUCUUUAUUUUCCGAAUUUUCUUUUCCUAAUCUGAUGCCGAUUACGUUUAAAUUUAAUCCUUCUCUUCCUUUAUUUCCAUUCACGACUUUUCUAUCAAUUCCCUUCCACAAACCACUCUUUUUAAUUCCCCAUAUAUUUUACCUGCUUACUUCUACCUAAACAUUUUUCAUUCUUGAAUCCCAAAGAAAAAUGGGGAUUGAUGAUCAGGUUCAGAAAAUGCAGAUGCGCCAGAAUUACCGGAAUUUCUGGCACACUGAUCUCACCAGCGCCGUCGUCGCCGAUGCUCCCUUUUGCUGUUUCGCAAUGGUUUGUGGACCGUGUGCUUCAUACAUGAUGCGUAAAAGGGCUCUUUACAAUGAUAUGUCGAGGUACAUCUGCUGUGCAGGCUAUUUUCCGUGUAGUGGUAGGUGCGGAGAGAGCAAAUGCCCUGAACUUUGUCUCUGCACUGAGGUCUUCUGUUGCUUUGCAAAUUCAGUAGCCUCAACUCGCUUUCUGUUGCAAGAUGAGUUCAACAUACAGACCACUCAAUGUGACAAUUGUAUUAUUGGAUUCAUGGUGUGUUUGCAGCAGCUGGCAUGUAUAUGCUCCUUAGCUGCUUGCAUUACAGGAAGCGAUGAAAUUGGAGACCUUGCCAAUAUGUUGACUUGUUUGGCCGACUUGGUCUUUUGCUCGGUUUGCCCAUGUAUGCAGACACAACACAAGGUUGAAAUGGAUAAAAGAGAUGGUAAGUUUGGGCAACAGCCUGUUAUGGCAGUUCCUCAGGCGCAACAAAUGUCGCGUAUUGAUCAGUCAGUUCCUCCAACUGUGGGCUAUCCACCUCAACAAGCAUAUGCACCCCAGUAUGGUCAACCUCCACCACCUUACGCUCAAGGUUAUCCUCCUGCCGGUUACCCUCCACCUCAAUUUCCACCGCCCGGUGCUUAUCCUCCACCUGGCUACCCCAAGUAAACUCGAUUCUUAUAGUGAACAGAAAGUAUUAUUACAUGUGAAGUUCAAAGGAUAGUCAGAUUAUGUUUACUUAUUGCUUCACUUAUGGCUAUCAAUUACUUUUGUAAUUGUUGUUAUGAACUUAUGAUUUCCUAGUGAUCGUGUGAAUUAGUACCAUAUGGAUAAAUUUAUACUAAUAGUUAAUUUGAGCUUAGAAUA